AAAAUAUCUGAGAAAGAAAAAAAAAAAGAAGAAAAACACACGCCCGCACAAGCGCGCACUGCUUGUAUUUGUGAAAAAAAAAAAAAAAAAAACACUUACUGCAGAUGAGAUGAGGUUCCAAAUUUUCAGUUCACAAAUGAUUUGCUCGACCACGACUCCUCCUCCUCUCCUCCGCCAUUCGAAAUUCAUACCCAGCGCGCAUCGGUGCACUCUUCUCUCCUAAUUCACACUUCAUACUUCCCUGCUUUCUCCUCCACAACCAAGACUCCCCAAGAAUACAAGAGCUCAAUUCUUGAGAAGCAAUUGAGCUGACCCGGUUGAAUCCAUGGCCGUUGCUUCAUUGCUCGAACCCACUCGUUGCUUCAGCCCUCUGCUACACGCCUUCCCGGUUCGAUCCGCAGCGCUAGAACCCAGGAAAAUUGCCACUGGUUUCAUCAGACCCGCAAAGCUUAGCGGAAGAGCGAAAUUCUGCGUCAGUUGCGUGGUUGGCAAAUCGGAGAAGCUGGGUUAUGAAUCAUUGGGAAAACAGAGAUCGAUGAAGAGCCAAUUUGAUGAAAUUGUUGGGGGAAUCUUGAAGGCCCUCAAGGCAUUCCAAAAGCCCGCCAUAACGGUUCUAUUGUUGGGAUUGUUGUUGAUGUAUGAUCCCAAUUCAGCACUGGCCGCGUCGGGCGGCAGGAUGGGAGGGAGGUCAUUUUCGUCGUCUUCGUCGUCAAGGAGUUAUUCUACCCGGACGGCGAGCCCUGGUUUCUCAUAUUCAGUGCCAUACUAUGCGCCUUCCCCAUUUGGGUUCGGUGGCGGCGGUGGCGGGCUUUAUGUUGGACCAGCAUUUGGGAUUGGUGUGGGUGCUGGGUCUUCUUUCUUUCCGAUUAUGAUGGGUUUCGUGGCGUUUAUAUUGCUAUGGGGGUUUCUUUCUGAUCGAUCAGAGGGAGGUGUUCUUACUGCUGCUGAGAAAACUAGCGUUCUAAAGCUCCAGGUUGGGUUGUUGGGCAUGGGGCGAUCACUGCAAAAGGAUCUUAAUCGGAUUGCUGAAACAGCAGAUACAUCCACCUCAGAGGGUUUAAGCUAUGUAUUGACAGAGACAACUCUAGCAUUGCUCCGCCAUCCUGAUUAUUGCAUCUCUGGUUAUUCAUCUGUGGAUAUGAAGCAGGGCAUAGAGGCAGGAGAAAAACGCUUCAAUCAACUUUCCAUUGAGGAGCGGGGUAAAUUUGAUGAGGAAACACUUGUCAAUGUAAACAAUAUUAGGAGGCGAAGCACAAACAACCAGAGAUCUAGUGGUUACAGCAAUGAAUACAUAGUGAUAACAAUCUUAGUGGCUGCUGAAGGAGUACACAAACUGCCCACCAUCAAUAGCAGUGGAGACUUGAAGGAAGCCCUGCAGAAACUUGGCUCUAUCCCCUCCAGCCGAACACUGGCUGUUGAGGUGUUGUGGACUCCUCAGAAUGAAAAUGACACUCUAUCAGAGCGGGAGUUGCUUGAAGAUUACCCACUUUUGAGGCCUCUAUAAGAACCUUUAAUUGGUUGCCUUGUACAUUUGAAUAACAGGUAUGAGCUACGCUGUUUUUAGUCCUCCAAGCGGUCUUUGUUUAGUGGAAGUUUUAUCUGUGGUACAGAGAACUUCCACCUAAGAUUGACUAGGCAGUCUAUUUUGUUUAAUCUGUAAAUAUUAUAAGCAGGGUGAGUGAAUCCAUUUCAGAGCAAAAUCUUCCUUUUCACCAAAACAGUUAUUGUAAUUUUUUUUGUCUCAGUAUUGUGAGAAGCUGCAGUGAGAUCUGAAAUGCCAUUUUACACCCCGUAGCUUGGGGGAGUUGAGGGUUAAAA